AUGUGCCUUGUAUCCUUGUAUGGGGUUGAAUGUUGUUGUCACGUAGCGUAAUACAAGUGAUAACUGGAAUGAAAGGAGGUUGCCAGAAUCUGAAAUCUGAAAUCAUUGUUGAAAUAUGCAAUGCAAACAUUGAAACAGAACAUGAAAAAUCAAUUUUUGUUAUAGCAUAUUUUAUAUUAAAUCAGACGAAGAAAACAGCUAAAAUAUGACAACAAUAAAUCUUCAUUAUACUUUAAGAUACGAUAAAUAAAUUGAAAUUUGAUAAAAAUGACAAAAACAAAGAGAAACACAUAAAAGUAAGUCUUAUACUAAGUAGUGAUCUCGACGAGUUCCAAUAAAUAUGUAUGGAAGAAGAUACAUUUUAAAUAAUAUAAAAGAAUUCUUAACGAGCGAAAUGUAAGAUUCGGCUGGAUUUCGAAAUAUCAAAUGUCUGUUGACAUUAUGGCUGGGGAACCACGAAGACGAACGAGAGCCGUUGCCAUGGAAACAGGGGGACUACCACUGGUUUCCACGUUUGCACUUCUCACUAUAGUUGCAGGUCAACUCCAGGGCUCGGGCUACAGCGACCCGGAGCCGGAAUUCCUGUCCCCAUUGGAGAACAUAACCGUCGCUCAGGGACGUGACGUUCAUUUUACGUGCACCGUCAAUCAUCUCGGCACCUUUAAGGUGGCCUGGUUAAAAUCUGACACGAAGAUGAUUUUGGCGAUGCACACACAUAUGGUGAACAUCAACCCGCGGCUGUCGGUCACACACAAUGGUCACAACACUUGGAAGCUGUACAUCAGCAAUGUACAACCUAAGGACUCUGGCACGUACAUGUGCCAGAUCAACACGGACCCGAUGAAGAGCCAAAUGGGUCAUCUGUCGGUCGUGAUACCUCCCGACAUCGCCGACGACAACGGCUCCGAAGCCAGCGCGCCAGAAGGAGGCUCCGUAGAGCUGCGUUGUACAGCUACUGGCGUACCAGAACCUACCGUGUCCUGGAAAAGAGCCGGUGGACGAAAUAUUAUAUUUCGGGACGAAGGUGGAAGUGAAGUGAAAGUGGUGGACAGCUAUGUAGGAGAAACGUUGUCAUUAAAAGGAUUGAAGCGGAGUGACAUGGGCACAUACCUUUGCAUCGCUGCAAACGGCAUCCCACCAACCAAGAGUCGACGUUACGAGGUUUCCGUACUGUUUGAGCCCAUUGUGCGAGCAGCUAGUAUGGUCGUGUGGCGUUCAGCGGACUUGCAAGUAUCUCUUCAGUGCUACGUCGAGGCCUCUCCCAAGGCACUGACUAUGUGGCAGCGAGGAAAGUCACAAAAUGGUGCCAAGCUACUAAACAGCUCAAAGUAUGUCAUAUCCGAAAAUUACUUGAAUGAGUACGCGAUGCGCAUGAACUUGACGGUCAACCGCCUCAAGAAGAGCGACUUUGGAGAGUACACUUGCUUAGCUGGCAAUGCUUAUGGGAAAGCCAAUGCAACUAUAACGCUAAAAGAAACGCCACAGAAAACUACAACAACGACCACGACAACCACGACAACGACAACCGAGCGCACGACAACGACCGUCGUAGCGACGACUCGGCUGCCGAAACGACACUACAAGAAGCAACAAGACAGGAACCAGAACACACUCGAUGUGGAACUUCACGGGAUCAACAACGCACUCAAUCUGUACAACGUGAACGCGUAUGGGUCCUCAAAUAGUACGCACAAUGAAUACGCCCAGCGAACUGAAAGGCAGAAAGUGCGGCCGUCUGGCCCGCCACGACACACCGUCGUUUACAACAAAGGGACACGAUCCUAUUCGCAUGUUAUCAUCUCUAUCAUAAUUUAUGUAUCAAUAUUGUAAACCAAAAUUACGAUUUUAUAAUUUUUUCGAAUUAGGUGAUAAAACAUGGCUGUUGAAUUUUUUAAGAGUAAUCUAAUUUGGAGGUUGUUGUAAACGAUUUAGCCUGUACAUUACGAUGUUGAGAUUGUUAUAUAAAUCGUAAAUCAGUAAAUUAUUAAAAAAGUAAAUAUCAGCUUUAAUGUAAGUGUAAUAUAAGUAAAUAAUGACAAUAAAUGGGACAAAUAAUAUACUUACAGACAGAUGUUACCGUUAAUCCUUUGAAAAGUUGGAUUAAAAUUAUCUCGAAAAUAUCAUAAUAUCAUAUCAUUUUGUAUUUCAGCAAAUUAUAAAGUUUGUGACAAUUUGCAACAUAUUACUUUGAAUUCAAAUUUACAAAUAUUGAAUUAAAUUUUGUCUGCAAUUGUAAUCAUAAUAAAAUGAAUAUUCAUACAAAUAUUUAUUUUAAUAUUAGUAGGAUUUAAGUAGAUUAAAAACAAAAUCAUGAGAGAUGAAUAAAUAAAUAAAUUAACCAUUCGUAAUGUAAUAUUUUAAAAAUAUCAUGUUGAUAUGACAUUUAGUCGUAAUUAUAUUG